AUGGCGGCAGGCCACGACAUCUUCAUGAUCGGCCAGUUCGGCGUCGGCUUCUACAGCGCGUACCUCGUCUCGGACAAGGUCCGCGUCGUCAGCAAGCACAACGACGACGAGCAAUACAUCUGGGAGAGUAGCGCCAGGGGCUCUUUCACCGUGCAGAAGGCCUGCGGAUUGUCGGUUCAGCCUGACACCGAGUUGGUGCAUGGCAAGAUCAAGCGUGGCACCAAAAUCAUUUGCUACCUGAAGGAAGACCAGUCCGAGUUCCUGGAGGAGCGACGCUUGAAUGACCUGGUGAAGAAGCACUCCGAGUUCAUCGGCUGGCCCAUCGAGCUGUACGCGGAGAAGUCCAAGGACAAGGAGGUGACCGCACCCCGUGAUGCCUACUCUUCGGAGCACAUGCACAUACCGGCGCCGACUCAGCCACCAACAGGGGCGAGCAUGGCUCACAACGUUGCUGCUUGCCAGGCCGACAGCUUUCUGCAGAGGCCGAUGCCACAGCCGAGUUCGUGCGCCAGCCUGGCCAGGAGCUCACCGCCCUCGGCGCCGUGGACGCAGGCACAUCUGUUGUCAGAGCAACCGACCAACGGAUGGCAAGUCAGACCUUUCUCACGUGCAGACGACAGGCUGCGCAAAGCGUGUCAUCACUGCAAUAUGCCAGACUUGGAUGCUGCCCUCCGACAGGGAGCGGGAAUGGGUGGCGAUGGAGACGGCAAGUCGGCGCUGCACAUUGCAGCGCGGAGCGGCUUCUGCGAAGGGCUGCUGAAAAUGCUGCAGGCUGGGUUCGACCCCAAUCUGCGCGACAGCUGGGGCGGACGUCCAGUCGACGAGGCGGAGUACUGGGCCGUGAAGGCACAAGACGUGAACGUCCGAAGGAGAUGCCUGGAUUGUCGUAAACACCUCGUGCGUUUCCAUGGUCGAAGAGGGGAAUUUCACGAGCGAUUGGACCAGGAUGCCUUCAGAGAGAGAUUGAGGAAGUGCGAGGCCAUGGCAUAUCAGCGUGAUGGCCGAGACGCUUACAUUCCAUGGCUCGUUGAUUUGGACCGCAUGGAGCAAGAGCUGAAUCUGAAGGCCGAGGAGCUCCGUGCAGAGCUGGGAUCGCCAUCGGCCUCCGCUACGUCGGCAGCCGCGCCCACCUGGACUUCGGCUCUGGAAUUCAAGCAGGACUUGGACCUGCCUGAUCCAGAGAGCCUUGGGUUCUCCUGGGAGAUCAGCGCAGAAUACCAGCGACAAGCCGCCACGGGGCGCAUCUACGGCAAGGAGCAGGAGUUGAGAAAGCUGGAACGCCUUGCGUACAUUGGCGCGGUGCCGUUGGACUCCGAGGAGGAAGAGGGGGAGAAGGACGAGAAAGAGGGUGCCGGCUGCGGGAGGGGAGAGGCGUGGAGCCAAGCGGGUGACGAACCGAAGAUCGAGGAAGUGGAUGAGGAGACGUCCGAUCCGGGUUUGACAAUCAUGGCGGAGACUUUCGCAUUUAACGCGGACAUCCAGCAGCUGAUGAGCUUGAUCAUCAACACCUUCUACUCCAACAAGGAGAUCUUCCUGCGAGAGCUCAUCUCCAACGCCUCGGAUGCUCUGGACAAGAUUCGCUACGAAUCGAUCACCGAUCCAGACAAGAUCGAGGCGCAGCCCAACUUCUUCAUCAAAAUCAUCCCGGACAAGACCAAUUCGACCUUGACCAUCGAAGACUCCGGCAUCGGUAUGACCAAGAACGAGUUGAUCAACAACCUCGGCACGAUCGCCAAGUCUGGCACCAAAGCCUUCAUGGAGGCCAUGGCGGCAGGCGGCGACAUCUCCAUGAUCGGCCAGUUCGGCGUCGGCUUCUACAGCGCGUACCUCGUCUCGGACAAGGUCCGCGUCGUCAGCAAGCACAACGACGACGAGCAAUACAUCUGGGAGAGCGGCGCCGGGGGCUCUUUCACCGUGCAGAAGGACACCGAGUUGGUGCACGGCGAGAUCAAGCGUGGCACCAAAAUCAUUUGCUACCUGAAGGAAGACCAGUCCGAGUUCCUGGAGGAGCGGCGCUUGAAGGACCUGGUGAAGAAGCACUCCGAGUUCAUCGGCUUCCCCAUCGAGCUGUAUGUGGAGAAGUCCAAGGAGAAGGAGGUGACCGCCACUUCGCGGCACAGGCACCGCCCGAGGUGA